ACACGCGUUUCUUAGUAGUCAUUGCUCGUUGGUUCUGGUGUGUUUUUGAUGACUUUACGGAUUUUAAUUCGAGCCGUCACCUGUCUCUGUUUUGUUUGACUGUAGGAGCUGCUACAGUACUUCGUGCUACUAGACUAGUAACAUUAGCUGGCUUACAUCUCAGACCCAAAGAGGAGGGACGGGAAAGUGUGGACGGAACUGGUUCGGAGGCAUCGCAGGCCCAACCUGCACGCCGCUCGUUACAUUUAGUAGCAGUCAGCUGGCCGAACCGAAGCUUGUUUAGUUGCAGGAGGCACCCCUUGGUGAUGCUAGCGUGUUGUAGCUAGUAUAGCUACGGUAGCAUAGCUAGCUGGAAAUCAUCCUCACAAAUGACAUUUAGGCUAGCUAGCAUCGACCAUUCGUAAAUGUAGGGUAUAAACAAACUGGAAUAGGUGAAUUGCAGGAUCUUGCUUGCUAGUUAGCCCACUUGCUUACUGCUUAGGCAAGGCUACUGUAGCUAUUUGUAGUUGCAUACAAAUGUACUUAUCAAAAGGGGUCCAGUUACACGUCGCGAAUGAUUACAAUGCGUUGCGGCAGCAUGCAUUAUGAAUUACCAGCAGGCUUCUUAGCGUAGUGUGAUAAUAGAAGUUAGGGGAAGGUAUUUAGAAUGGGUCAUAUAUUGCUGCUAAAGGACCAUUACCAAGACAGGAAUUUGUGUCAUCUGGACUCAUCCUUAGCCCUGUGUGUUCCUACUUGCGUCAUUAAUGAGAGCUGACCAGAUGCCUGAUCCAUCAAUUUAUCUUGUGACAAACGGCAUGUACGGUGGUACGUUAGAGAAGUUUGUAGAGAUCGUAGAGGUGGUGGACACUGACUUUCCAGAUGAGAGUAUGUACUACAGCCAACCGUCGAUGUUCCCACAUCGGUCGGACAAAGAUAUGUUGUCGUCGCCUUCGUCUUCGUCGUCGGGACAGCUGUCCCAGCUGGGUGCCAGUCUUUACGGUCCACAGAGUGCACUGGGCUUCUCCAUAAGAGGCCUGGGAAACAACACGCCCCAGCUAACCCGCAGCCUCACACAAAGCACCCAGCUGCAGAGCCACACCCCCCCCACCACCGGGGGGCCCACCAUGUCCCUUCACACCCCUCCAUCGCCAAGCAGGGGCUCCUUGCCGAUGAACACGAGGAACAUGCUGAACCACGGCCAGGUGGGCCAGAGCAUCGCCCUGAGUGGCCAGGUGGGCCAAAGCAUCGCCCUGAGUGGCCAGGUGGGCCAGAGCAUCGCCCUGAGUGGCCAGGUGGGCCAGAGCAUCGCCCUGAGUGGCCAGGUGGGCCAAAGCAUCGCCCUGAGUGGCCAGGUGGGCCAGAACAUCGCCCUGAGUGGCAGAAGCAGCAGCAUGGGGAGUUCCGGCCUGGGCAGCCCCAGUCGCUGCUCGCCCAGCAUCAUCUGCAUGCCCAAGCAGCAGCCGGCACGCCAGCCCUUCACCAUCAACAGCAUGUCGGGGUUUGGAAUGAACCGGAACCAGGCGUUCGGGAUGAACAACAUCUUCAACGGCACAGACGGCAGCGAGAAUGUGACUGGGCUGGACCUGUCCGACUUCCCAGCGCUGGCAGACAGGAGCCGGAGGGAGGGUGGAGGAAACCCCACGCCGCUGCUCAACCCCCUGGCUGGGAGGGCUCCCUACGUCGGCAUGGUGACGAAGCCAUCGAACGACCAGAAUCAGGACUUCUCCAUCCACAACGAGGACUUCCCCGCGCUGCCGGGAGCCAACCACAAGGACCCCGCGCUGGGGGGAGACGAGGGCAAAGCUAACCUCAAUUCCACAGGUAAGAACUCAUCCAGCAUCGAUGGACCCAAGUUUCCUGGAGACAAGACGAGCUUGGGCCAGAACAACCAGAGGAAAGGCAUCCAGGUGCUGCCGGACGGCCGAGUGACCAACAUCCCCUCGGGGAUGGUGACGGACCAGUUUGGGAUGAUCGGCCUGCUGACGUUCAUCCGAGCGGCGGAGACGGACCCUGGCAUGGUGCACCUGGCCCUGGGCAGCGACCUGACCACCCUGGGGCUCAACCUCAACUCACCUGAAAACCUCUACCCCAAGUUUGCUUCCCCGUGGGCAUCAGCUCCAUGUCGACCACAAGACAUCGAUUUCCAUGUUCCCUCGGAGUACCUCACCAACAUCCAUAUCAGGGACAAGCUGGCAGCCAUCAAGCUGGCUCGGUACGGGGAGGACCUGCUUUUCUACCUGUACUACAUGAAUGGAGGAGAUCUGCUGCAACUGCUGGCGGCCGUGGAGCUCUUCAACCGGGACUGGCGCUACCACAAGGAGGAGCGGGUGUGGAUCACGCGGGCACCGGGCAUGGAGCCCUCUCUGAAGACCAACGCCUACGAGAGGGGCACAUACUACUUCUUCGACUGUCUGAACUGGAGGAAGGUAGCCAAGGUAAAGGAGUUCCACCUGGAGUACGACAAGCUGGAGGAGAGGCCUCACGUGCCCUCCACCUUCAACUACAACCCAGCCCAGCAGGCCUUCUGAGCCCCACCCCCCCCCGGGGCCCCGCCCACCUCCCUCCCAGCCUGAGGGGGGCAGGGGCCCAGACGGCUCGUUUUUAUUCCUUGAGGAUCUUGGCUCAUUGACUGCAGAGGAGGUCCCACUGGAACAGAGCCUUUCCUUUCCAAAUUAUGUGCUGCCCAAAUACCCAUUUGGUUCCUUUUUAUUCUUCGUUUUCAUUUUCCUCGUCUAGUUUGGAGGAUCUGUGGUAAGUUUACAUCUUGGCACCAGAGGCCUGGUGCCGCCAACCCACAACCCACAAACAACACUUGCAGUGACAGGACAAGGGGUAUGCCUCGAUUUUUUUCCUCCCCCAAAAAGUGUUACACAAAGGACUACCAACCGUUCAUGAGAGCGUCAAGGCCGAAGAAAUGCAAUGUUCAUUGUUGCACUAUAUUUAGUAAUAAAAGAACACAAAAAUUGUUUGUGAUUUUUAUGUGAAAACACUCCCCCCGUUUUGUUCUUAGAAAGACGACCAACCUAGUUCACACGUCUCCUCCUCCUCCUGUACAUUCCCUGUCUCGUGAAACAGCCACUCAGCCCCUCCUCUCUCUUCAUAGAUGUUUCCUGGCUUCAGUGGACCCAGACUAGAGACUGUGGUGAACGUUCUGUCAGCAGGUGGUCAGCCUCUGCUGGGCUGAGAGGACCAAGCUUCGUUGUUUAAACACUUUCCACUCUUUGUUACUAUUUUGUAAUAAAUGUGUAAAUUUUUGUUUUUUAAUUUUUUGGACAUCACAUAAAGAUGUAUGUAGGAAUGUGUGUAUAUAUGAUAUAUAUAUGUCUGUAUGUAUAUAUAUAUAUAUUACAUCUAUUUUGGAAAAAGUGCUGCCUAUUCUUGCACCUCGUUUUCAGGAGGUGAGUGGGGAAGCAGUGUGGAUUAAACAACAUUUCUGGAUCUGCUGGACCAGGUUUAACGCUUGGCCAAAUACAACAAGACAAAUACAAAGGACAAAACCAGGAGGCCUGACUCCAACCACAGACAUCCACCCUUCAAACAGCUGUCAGACCGUGGGGACGGAGGAAGAGGCUCUCAAGCUGUUUAAACGGCAGCGUUUCAUAGGAAAAGGAAAAACAUAAUUUGAUGACAAAAAAAGAAAUUAUGAUUGACCAAUCUUGUAUUUUCGGAGGUUCAAAGCUUCUUUGUAAUAAAGCAGUCUAGUCUUU